AUGGGGGCCGCUCGGGAGGCUGAGGCGCAGCCGCCGCCGGAAGGCGGAGGGGAGGCGGCCGAGCGGACGGACGGCGGGCGAGGCCCAGGCGCCGCGAGCCCCCCCUGGAACAUCAUGAUCAAGCACCGGCUGGUGCAGCGGCGAGGGCGGCGAUCGCAGAUGAUGACCAGUUUCACAGACCCCGUGGUUUCCAUGGACCUCCUGCGAGCUGUUCUGCAGCCCACUAUCAAUGAGGAGAUCCAGGCCGUCUUCAACAAAUACAUGAAGUUCUUCCAGAAGGCUGCAGGGAACGUGCGAGAAAACAUUGGAGAAGACGUGGACACGGAGCAGCUCAUCCAAGACACGUGUCGGAGCUGCCUGGAGCAGGCCAAAGUCCUCUUCUGUGACAGCAAGAAGUCCGUGGCAAGGCUGCCCCACGAACUGCCAGCAAUGAAGCGGAGCCGCCCAGUGGAAGAAGAGCUCAGCCAGCAAGGGAGCCCCAUCCCCAAAAAGCGGAAGGGGCGGCCUCCUGGACAGAGCCAGUUGAACGACCGAGGGUCUUCGGGAACAAGCAUGUUGAAAACCAAGUCCUGUGAGCCACUGCAAAGAGACGGGCCGAAGUGGAAUCCCUCUCGGAUCGUGGAGGGCACAGCCUUCGUUCUUGGCUCAAGAGCAAACAAGGCCCUCGGGAUGGGAGGAACCAGAGGCAGACUGUACAUCAAACACCCGCACCUGUUUAAGUAUGCGGCUGAUCCUCAAGACAAGCACUGGCUGGCAGAGCAGCAGCACAUGAGGGCCACAGGAGGCAAGAUGGCUUAUCUCCUGCUAGAAGAGGAUAUUCAGGAUCUGGUGGCCAGUGAUGAGUACAGAGGGUCCCUAGACCUGAAACUGGAGGAGUUGAAGCCCUUUGUCCCGCCGCCGUGGAUGACGGCCAAGAUGCGGAAGUACAUGGAGCUUCUCCGUAGCGAAGGGGAGCAGCCGCCGCCCCCAGCAGAAGGGCCGCCUGAGCCCUAG